CUCCGGAUAUAUCAUAGACGUGCAAAUUGAUUACAUAUGAGACUUGAAAACAUUCCUGAAUCCUCCACCAUUUUGCACUUCUCCCACAUGAGAAUGUGGUGGUGCAACUCAGUUUCUCGAGGAAGAAAGGAGGGGCGCACCAAGAAAGAAGAGGGAGGCAGCUGGCAUAUUUGAGAAUUGUCCACUCUGGAGAGACAAGCGUCAAUUACUUUUUGCCCAAGAUGGCAAUUCUGGAAGAAGCGCUGGACGAGCCUCAGGACAAGCCUGGGCUGGUCGAAGGUCCCUUGAAUGACCUUCUGAAGACAGCGGUGGACUCAGAGCAAGCUAGCGCCAGCCAGAGGCGCAAAGGCUUUGAUGCAGCACCAGACUUCAUGAGACGGACGCUGAUCUUUGCGUCCGAACCAGACAUCCAAGCCGUGCGCAAGACGUCCUUUGAAAGAGCGUUCAAGCUGUCGUUGAGCUACAAGGAGAAGGGGAACGCAUUGUACAAGGAAGGAAAGGACAAGGAAGCGCUCGAUGAGUAUUCCAGAGCUAUCAGCAUCUUCAGGCACUUUAGGAGGGACGGAGAGGACUUUGUCUUGGUGCUGCAGGAUGAAGGCAGCUUGACAUCGGAGGAGAAGCAGAAUAUGCAUGACGUGUUGCUGGGGUGCUUUCUCAACGCGGCCGCAUGUUUACUCCGGAACAAGCGAGCCCCAGAAGCGAUCUUCGCAUGCCAAGAAGCCCUCCGCAUCGACAGCCAGAGUGUCAAAGCCCUGUUCCGACGAGCGAUGGCGUUCAUUCAAAUGGAUUCAGACGCCUCGAUAGACGCAGCAGAAAAUGACCUGGCCCUGGCCGUUAGGCUGGCCCCUGCAAGCGCCGAGAUCAAAGCAGCUCUGAAACAGUGCCGGGAGUUGAAGACUGAGCGGGACAAGAAAGCCAAAGAGACGUACUCAGGGAUGUUUGACAAGGGGAGGCUGUAUGAUGACAAAGAGGUUGCGAAAGGGGGGUUGCCGAAAGUUCCUGGAUUGCCGGGAGAGUUGUCGGAGAGGGGGGAGACGGAGCGAAUCGAGAUCGAUGCGGAGACGUUUCUCAAGGAGGGUUCGGCAGCCGGGGUAGAUAUGAAUGCCCCCUGGGCCAAGAAGCGGCUGAAAGAGUUGCAAGAGAAGGCAAAAACUGGCAAGCGAGGAAAGGAGAGCACCGCGACAGGGGGAAAGUGGUCAAAAGCAAUAGCGAUUGCCAGGCGGGCGGCGGACAAGCGGUACUGGGUCUCAAUACCGACGCUUCUCUAUGCCAUCAUCUUUGUCAACAUUGCCGUGCGCUUGUUUGAGUUCUUGCAGCUCAUGUAUUACUGGAUGAGAGAUAGUCAGUGACCUAACGCUGACGUUGUAUAUCUGAGUGCGUUUGUACUGUACUGAUAGGACUGGUGACUGCAAGCUGCUGAGACCCUUCGACUGAGUAGGUACAUUGAUUCGCGAUAGAGGUAUACUGCAGCUUGUUUACUGCUCAAGAACAGUGUUACAAGCAGCGCCACUAGUGGCGGGCAAAGUCAAUCGUUGCAAGCACUGCUAAGAAGUACAUGAACUCGGAAAAGAAAAGGAUGCCACUGACACUGUGCGUGGAAUUUGGCUAUAGCCAUGCAUGAUGAUUACCGAC